UGUAGUGGGUAUAUUUGGCGAUUAACCGCAACGUAUUUAUAAUGUCGGCUGACGAAGAGAACGUUGAAGCUAUGAUUGCACAAUCUGAUCAAAACGGUUGGUAUAUAAAGUAGACUCGCCACCGUAACACUUCACAGCGAGGUGGGCAUCUUAGACCAAAAGUUGUCGCACGUCUGGUCCGGCCGUACCUCAUAAUCUUCAGCGCCGUUUGCAGAGCAGCUGAAAUUAUCCAGGAAGGUGUGACACAGGGCAUCGCACCUUGUUUUUGAGAUCGGUGGGGUACUACAGACGCGAGUGGCUACAGACAUCAGACACUGGAAUGGACUUCCACAGCAACUCCGUGGUGUUUCACCCAGACACUGUUCCACAGAGCGCUCCCAUAUCUGCCGACCAGGUGAGAAACAACGCAGGGGGAUUCGGAUGGAAGGUGGACGACAUCACCCGCCUCAAGCGCUUCCUGUGCCUGGGUACAGAAGGAGGCACGUACUACACUUCACAGAAGGCCUUGACGCAGCAGAAUGUUGGGUGUAUUGUGAAUCUCAUCAGUGAGGGAAAGGGAGUUGAUGUGGUCAAAACCAUCAAACAGUUUAGUCUGGAGGGACGCACAGCCAAACAGACAUCCAUCCUACUGGCUCUAGCUGUCUGCUGUAGAAGCACUGAUUUAACCACCAAACAGCAAGCCUACAAAGCUCUGGGUGACAUCUGCCGAAUUCCAACAUUCCUGUUCGAGUUUAUUGAACGGUGUGAGAGUCAGGGGAAGACCACAGGAUGGGGACGGGCGCACAGAAACGCCAUUUCGGCCUGGUACAAUAAGUUCAGUGACGACCCUGUCAAGCUAGCCAUGCAAGUCACGAAAUAUCGAAAGAGGAAGGACUGGUCGCACCGGGAUGUCUUGCGACUGUCACACACCAAACCCGCCAACGAGGCCAUCGGUGUCGUCCUGAGAUAUGCCGUCAAAGGACUGGCGGAUGCCAAACAAAUGUAUGACAAACCGGAACUGGAAUCUUCAGCUGUAAGGAAGGUCCUGCAAUUUCUGGCUGUUGUGGAGGAGGCCAAAUCGUGUAAGGAGGAAAACAAGAUGGUGGAGCUGAUUCGGCAACAUGGACUUGUACGGGAGCACAUCCCCACAUCGCUGCUGUCGUCUACUACUAUUUGGAAAGAACUGCUUCAGAAAAUGCCAAUGACAGCCAUGAUUCGGAACCUUGGUAAGAUGACCUCAAUCGGCGUUCUAACAGCCGGUUGUUCCGAGGAAGAUCUGGUGAUUCAGAAACUGACAGACCGAGACUCCCUGAAACAAGCCCGGAUCCACCCGUUCAAUGUGUUGGUUGCACUGAAGACCUACUCAGCAGGCUGUGGAGAGAAGGGCAAACUAACUUGGACGCCAACUAAACGUAUCGUGAAAGCUUUGGAUGAUGCGUUCUAUAUGUCCUUCAAAUUUGCAUUACCAACCAAGAAGCGUUAUCUUCUAGCAGUGGAUGUGAGUGGCUCGAUGGGCUGCUCAGUGAUGGGUACACCGUCAGUCUCGUGCAGGAGUGCUGCUGCCGCCAUGAUGAUGGUCACGAAGCGGACUGAAGAGCCAGACAAGUCCACUGUUGUUGCUUUCUGUCAUAAGUUAACCCCACUGAACAUUAAGCAUUCAGAUGAUCUAGACACAGUGACAGGCAAAAUAAGUGACAUGAGUUUCGGAGGGACUGACUGUGCGCUGCCGAUGGUCUGGGCAAAACAGAAAAAGAAGAUGUUUGAUGUGUUUGUGGUGUACACGGAUAGUGAGACUUGGUUCGGAAACAUUCAUCCGUCUGAAGCUCUGCGCCAGUACCGGAAGUGGAGUGGAUUGUGGGAUGCCCGUCUGAUCGUCUGCGGAAUGGCCAGCAAUGAGUUCACAAUAGCAGACCCGGAUGAUCCUGGGAUGAUGGAUGUCGUGGGCUUUGAUUCAGCUGCCCCAGAGGCCAUGCGCUCGUUUGUCAUGGGCGAAAUAUGACUUUCCGGGAACAAUUCUUGUUAGUUCAUUGUGGAUACCGUGUUACAGUUCAUGAAACCCAAGCAGACUUUUUGGAAGUAGUGGAAAUACUGUUUGUAGAAUUAACCAAAAGAAUUCGCUCCGAAGCAUAAUUAAACAUUUUUAAAGAUGUUUAUGUAAUUUAGUGGUUCUUCUGUCGACCAUUUAUAGUUACACAAUCUUUGGUUAAUAUACAGGGUGCCCAGCCUGUCUUUGUAAAAUAUGCAGAGUUGGUUCGAUAUUGUUGUGUUUGCUCGUUACAUUCGUUUUUUUUAAUAAUUCUGGGUUUUAUCACAGUGAUCAAACUGUUCUACACUUACAAUGUGUUAUGUAAAGCAAGUGGUAGGGAUAUCUUUGUGAUAGCUCACCUUAUGUCCCUCCGUGUUUGACAAGCGUUAUAAGUGUUUGAACUGUAAACUGUAACAUGUUUAACCUACAUUUAAAUUUGUCCUAGCUAUACUCCUUUGCCUGAACUAUUUCUGCUGUUGUUUGUGGGGGCUUUCUAUCCUCACCUGGCUCACUACUUCACAAGGGAAUAUUUAGACCACAAAAAUUAAUCAGUCGAUUUUCACAUAACAUUUUCAAUCUUGUGGGAGGGAAGUAUUUUUUUGUUCUGUUUUUCACAUUUAAUGGGGGCGGUCGGGUAGCCUAGUGGUUAAAGCGUUCGCUUGUCACGCCGAAGACCCGGGUGCGAUUCCCGACAUGGGUACAUUGUGUGAAGCCCAUUUCUGGUGUCCCCCGCCGUGAUAUUGCUGGAAUAUUGCUAAAAGCGGCGUAAAACCAUACUCACUCACGCAAUCACAUUUAAUGUUCUUAAAAUGGUUAAAGGCAUAUCCGUGCGGCCAGCGUUGACGAUGUCAUUCACAUGAACUAUGAGUGUUUUGUAGUGUAUUUCAUCAAUGAGAGAAAGAAGGGGACACAUAUGUCGAUUUUCUCCAGCUUCUUAGGGGCAAUCGAAUGAUGUGAGAAUGAUGAGGAUGAAACCGAAUAAUUAUGGUAUGAUAGCCGGACACAUGAUCAUCUUAUGUCGUUUUUUCGGCAACAAAAACACUUGUAAUGCUUUAAAACACAUAGGGAAUUAUUAUUAAAGUAGAACAGUGUACAUAAAGUGUGCUGAUUUAGGAGUAACUUCUUACUACUCGGACACUUAGACUUCCACACUGAACAGCAACAGCAGUAUUGAUCACGGAGGCUCAAAAUGUUCUCGAUAACAAUCGUCAGAUUUGUACAAUAUACUACUCAAAAGAAGUUCAAGAACAGCCCCAAUUAGAAGACAGUGUGCUACAAUACUCACCGGCCAUGACAGAUUAACUAUGGUCAUUUGAAGACAUUUGGUGUUUCUUAACUUCUUUUGAGUAGUAUAUGUUUUAAUUCUUAGUUCAAAUAUGUCUAUCUCACAGAAGGCUCCCCUUCCUAAUAUGGGGCCCGAAGUGUGUUGUUUUUAUAAUGAUGAGUGUUGACAUUUUAUAACUUUUCAUCACAUUUCGCCAAACUUGCACUGUGGAUUAUUUGUUUGUUUAUCAUCACAUCUCGCCGUCACUUAAACUGUAGAAUAUUUGUUUGUUUAUCACAUCUCGCCGUCACUCAUGUGAGAAAUGUACAAAAGGCCAGGCGUUUUAUAUUUUACGGAUUACGGACCCACCAACUAUAAUUUUUGAGAAAAUGUAAAAAUAAAUAAAUCAGAUUUCCAUUUUUUUUCCCGCCUAUAGCUGCGUAGUCAGUUAUUUUAUUUGUUAUCGUCACCUUUUACGAAAAAAAACCAGAUGAAUUUACCGUUGUAAACUAGUAAAAAGAUACAUAAUCGAUCUUUGUUGAUCUCGAAGCCGAACAUGAAUAGCCUCCCUUGACAAUUGUCCGUGUUGUAAGUGGUAGAAUUUUUAUCGUCACAAAUGGCGGUCUUUUGAGCACAGAACAUGUUCACAAAGUAUGCCAGAGGCAUUCUGCAUUUAAAGAAACGCAUCAGGCUUUAUUUCCCCCUCCUCCAACCCAGGACUUUGGGCUGAAAAAUCCGUAAUCCUCAAAAUAAAAAAAAAGCCUGGCCUAACAAUGGCGUCUAGUCUUUAUCGCCCAAUCAUGACCAUACUGAGAAGAAGUCGACGAGCUAAAGUAAUGUCCUCCCAUGUAUAUUAAUGUAUUCAUUACUUCGAUACUAAAUCGGUUUAUGUUGUUUAAUUGUAUUUGAGAGUUAUUUACUGCAGGAAGGAAGUUAAAUAAAAAUAUGUCUCCUUACCACUA